CUAUCAUUAUAUUAAUUGUUUGCAGGGCUCCUGCAUUGGGGUCAACUCUUCCCGAUUCGAAUGAUUUAUUUCUUCGCUCUACAUAUGAAAAAGUCCGAAAUAUUUGCGGUUGAGACAUCGUAUAACAAUUGAAAUACAAAUAUAAUCGUAAACGACUCGGAGAUUCGUGUGAUCGAUAAAAAUGUUUAUUAGUACAUUUAGCGUACAAGAUAAAAUGUCGAUCGUAUUCAAAACGAAAAUUUAAUACGAAUCCAGUGAACAAGUAUUUCGAGGCCAGUGUUUCAAAUGUAAAUAGAAAAAAAUUAGCCAAACUAAACAAGAAACGAAAAGAAAAAAAAUUAAUUACGUAUGAUCACGAAAUAGAUUUCAAGAAAUUUUUUAUCUCAAGACACGAAACGAAAAAAAGAAAGAAAUAAAAAAAAAAAGAAAAUAUUAAAACUGAAAUGCUACAUGACGGAAAUUCGUCCAUCAUAGUGAACAUUGUAUAUUGAUUCUAUUUUUUUCUUUUUUUGGUCAAUGGACGCCACAAAAAGCAUUAUUUUAUGUAUACAAUAAUAAAAAUCCCAGUUGGUGGAGAUCAAGUAUGACACAGUGUUUUGUUUCGUGAUUAAACGAUCGAUGCUACGAUGUCUUGGUCCUCGUGUUUCACAAUCUGAAAAGGAGUUUGUGGCUUUUCUUUUUUUUUUUUUUUUGUAGAUGUUCAUCAUCUUUUUUGUUAGAGUGAAACGUUAAAAUAACGUUUAACGUUAGAUCUUGCAAUUAUCUCGCAAUAAGUCUGUAAAAAGUAAAAGUUAUUCGUAAUAACACACAUAUUUGCACGUAAACAAGAAAGAAUUACAAGAUGGCAUCAUCCAUGGUUGCUGUUCCCUCUGGAACAGCAUCAGUCCCAGCUGGAACUGGUAUUUCACAAAAUGAAGAUGUGGAGAAUGGGAAUGUGUUUAGUGAACGAAAUAUAAAUACUGUUAAUGGAUGUAAUGAAACCUCCAAUCCUGGUGAUGCUUUGGAAGAAAUAAAUUGUGGUACUGGAGAAACUGGUGAUCAAGAAUGCGCUAUUUGCAUGAGUAAACUUUGUUCCCCACGAGUGCUUUCUUGUCUUCAUGUAUUUUGUGAAGCUUGUUUAGACAAACUUCUGAUGGAUGAGGCAGGUGAUUCAAAGGUUAGCUCAGUUCUAAUCUGUCCUCUCUGUCAACAAGAAACUUCCAUUAGUUCUAAGGGUGCCGCAUCAUUGACAUGUGACUAUGUUCUAACGAAUAUACUCGACAUGUCUGCAAUUGAAAAUAUGGCUGUACUUUGUACCUCGUGUAAAGCCAAAGAGAGUGCAGUUGCACGUUGCUCUGAUUGUGCCAACUUCUUGUGUCCGAAUUGCAACACUGCACAUCAAUUUAUGCGUUGUUUUGAAAGUCACAAGGUAGUGGCAUUUGAAGAUUUAAAACAAUCCAACGAAGCUAUACCAAUACAUAAACCUAUUUUUUGCGAAUAUCAUCCUGCUGAGAAUAUGAAGUUUUAUUGUUAUACUUGCCAGGAACCUAUAUGUAACGAGUGUUUGCUUAUUGAACAUAAAGCUCCAGACCAUCAAUAUGAACGAUUAGUAGAUGCAGAACCACGUCAAAAAGAAGAAUUAAUAAAACUUAUGAAUGAGAGUAAAGCUAGAAUUGCAGAUUGUGACCAAAUGUCUGCGCAAUUAGAAAAUGCACUUAGUGAAUUACAAGCACAACAUGAUCAAGCUAAAGAUUUAAUUGUAGAGACAUUUCAGAGUUAUAAAGCUGUCUUAGAAAAAUGUCGAGACAAUGCUUUAGUUGAACUUGAAAAAUUACAUUCAGAUAGGGAAUUAGAAAUAAUGGAUACAUUUCAUAGUGUUGAAAAAACGGUAGAAAAAAUAGAAGAUGCUUGUCGUUUUACUUCCCGACUUCUUGAGCAUGGUGACGCUGUUGAGAUACUUGCGCUUCGUCGUAUUGUAGGAACACAGUUAUUGAAUUUAAUAAAAAAUACACCAAAGCCAAAUGUUUCUUUUUCGAUUCAAUUUCAAACCGAUUACAAUCAGUUUGAAAAAACAGUGAAGGAAGUCUUUGGUAAAUUUCAUACUGAGAGCACACCAGUGUCAAAAUCUACUUCAGAACCAAUUACAACCAUAUCUGGUGUUUCUGCAAAUCAACAAAUUGUUCAUACUUCAAUGGGCUGUCCACGUUCUAUUAGUACAAGAUCUCCCAUUUCUCUUCCCACAUCAAUGCAAUCCUCCUUUGAAGGUGAACCUUCGUUUGUUAUACCUCCAACAUCCAGUCCUCAAAACAUUCAACCUCCACCUCCUGUAUCCCUUCCUCCAGGUCCUAUCCAUGGACUUACUAGUAUUCAAGAGUAUAAUCUACAGCAGUUAGCUAGUUUGGCAGAAAAAGUUGAAAUGGUUGGAGACACGAAUGUAGUUGGUCCUAGUUCAAAUCCUAGUCCAACACCACCUUUCACUUUAGCAGAUUUAUUUGCUGGUGAUUUGAGUUCUACCAGUCAUGCAAUUAAUAAUUUGCAAGCUCUUGCAAAAUUAGGAAAUACACUUGGUAAUCAAGAUCUUGGCAAUCCUACUAUUAAUGGUGGCAGUGGAUUAGUACUUGGUAGAGGCCCUUCGCCAGCUAUUGUAGAUACACCAAACCUAAGUUUAGCUGCUAAUAGUCUUUUAAAUGGAGGAUUUCAAUCAUUGUCCUCGUCUACUUCCCCAAUACUUUCACAGGGUGCUGACGAUUUAAGAGGAGAUUCUAUGCAUAACAUGCCUGUAGUAGUAGGAAACACAGUUGGUAAUGUAACAGGUUCUGGAUCUGGAAAUUAUGCCCAUCCACGUUCGAAUAACACGAAAUUAACUCCUAUGCACAUUAGAUGUAAAUUUGGACAGUUAGGUCCCAGUAAAGGUCAAUUUAGUUCACCUCAUGGAUUCUGUUUAAGUGCUGACGAAGACAUUAUUGUUGCUGAUACUAAUAAUCACAGAAUUCAAAUAUUUGAAAAAACUGGUAUUUUCAAAUUCCAAUUCGGUGUUCCUGGUAAAGAAGAAGGACAAUUAUGGUAUCCUAGAAAAGUCGCUGUGAUGAGAAAUAGUGGGAAGUUCGUUGUUUGUGAUCGAGGAAACGAACGAUCGAGAAUGCAGAUAUUUACAAAAAGUGGUCACUUUAUUAAAAAAAUAGCAAUUCGUUACAUUGAUAUUGUAGCUGGUUUAGCUGUGACAAGCGAGGGUCAUAUUUUGGCUGUUGAUAGUGUAUCACCAACAGUGUUUGUAAUCAGUGAUACAGGAGAUUUAUUAAGGUGGUUUGAUUGUAGUGAAUAUAUGAGAGAACCAAGUGAUAUUGCAAUUAGUGGUAAAGAAUAUUUUGUUUGUGACUUCAAGGGGCAUUGUGUUGUAGUGUUUAAUGAGGAAGGUAAAUUUUUGCGUCGCAUUGGCUGUGACAAUGUAACAAAUUUCCCAAAUGGGAUCGAUAUUAGCGAUGCAGGAGAUAUAUUAAUAGGAGAUUCGCAUGGAAAUCGUUUUCAUGUAGCUGUUUUUUCAAGAGAUGGUUCUUUAAUUUCUGAAUUCGAAUGUCCAUAUGUCAAGGUCUCUCGAUGUUGUGGCUUGAAAAUAACUUCAGAAGGAUAUAUCGUAACUUUGGCUAAAAAU